AUGGAAUCUACAUGUAAAGAAAGGAGUCUUUUAUACUUACUCCUCUUUGCUAUAUGCACAGCCAGCGUCUGCUUUUGUGCGAGAAGAUCAAAUGUUCGGAGAUCUGAUCGUCUGAGUCCUCCGUUAGACAUCCAGCUGGAAACAAUCAACUGCACCGCCUUCAGUGUACGAUGGAAGAUGCCCAGGCGACAUGUUAGCACCAUCACUGGAUACAAGGUCUUCUAUACAGAGGUGAGGAAUGGCCGUCCGUUGGGUGCAGCAUCUUUGAUGGAGGUGCCGCUCAGCUUGGACAUGCUGACCACUGGGCAAUUUGACGGACAAGCAAGCUUUGAUGUGGACAUCGGUAACCUGAAGGUGAACGCCGUGUACAGAGUCAGUGUUGGAGCAUAUGGUUGGGCAGGGGAGGGCAGACCCAGCAUGCCCAGAGACAUCGCCACUGCUUCACAUGACAUGUGCAUGCCUCCAUCACCCCCAACUCAGCCUGUUGUCAUGGCUGUAUCUGACACAGAGCUGGCGUUGUCAUGGCAGCAAGGAGAGAGUGAGGGAAGCGCACCUGUCCUUCACUUCCUGGUGGCCUACAUCAGGCCAGAAAUGGACACAGAGUGGACAUACAUUCGUGAGCCCAUUGAGUCCAACUCCAUGGUUUUGAAGGGGCUAUUACCGGAAACAGAGUACCAGUUUGUUGUCAGGGCGGUCAACGUGCACGGAGCGAGCCCACCCAGCCACAUCAACAACCCCGUGCGCACUCUCGGUGCAUCAGAUGUUGGAAGUGGUGAUUAUGGGCGUUACAUCACAGAUUCAGGGAUCAAAGAUGAAGAUGGCUUCGACAUCGAUGACUCUGACUAUGAUGUCUUCAUCGAAGAGCUGAAGCCAUUCCCAGGUGUCAAUCAGCACAACAGGAAGUCCCAGCUCCGCUCACGCUCUGGUCCACCGUCUGGCCGGAACGUCGUUUACCGCAUGAACACCAUCGCUCCUCCUAACGUCACUACCCCUCCAGCUUCAUCCACCGCCUCCUCCUCCUUCUUCCCAGACUUCACAGAUCUGGUUUUCUCAACCACCUCAGAGCCCAGCACCACCACUGACGCCACAACUACUGCCCCACCUACCACCACCAGCAAAUCCAUUACAAAACUGCAUUUAAAGUCAAACAUAGUUAUUAGCUAGAGCUGUGCACUGCAAAAACCUCAUCUCCUCAGAAGCCUGAGCUCUGAACUUCCUUAUCUCAUCCGCCUUAGCAUCACCGUGCCCACCACCACCACCACUCCAACCAUGUCCCCCUGGAGAGGUGAGGUGCCUCGUGUGUACGACCUGACCUGCGAUGAUACCGUGUGCCCCCCCGACAGCUUCUGCCUCAGUGAUUACGACAGCGGAGGCUCGCGCUGCCACUGCAAUCUCGGGCGAAGAGGGGACACGUGCUCUGAGGUGGUACAGGUGAACUUCCCCCGGUUCUAUGGCCACUCUCACAUGACCUUUGAACCCUUGAAGAACUCUUACCAGACAUUUCAGAUCACCCUGGAGUUCAAGGCGGACUCCGAGGACGGCCUGUUGCUGUACUGUGGAGAGAACGAACACGGCCGUGGAGACUUUAUCUCUUUGUCUCUGGUGCGAGGCAAGCUGCACUACAGGUUUAACUGCGGCACAGGAGCAGCUCAGAUAGUCAGCGAGAGUCGUAUUGUUGUUGGUCAGUGGCACACAGUCACCGUCUUCAGAGACGGCAUGAGUGGCUGGCUGCGUAUGGAUAACGACACCCCCAUAUCCGGGCGCUCACAGGGUCAGUACAGUAAGAUCACUUUCCGCUCCCCGCUGUAUGUGGGUGGAUCCCCGAGCGCUUAUUGGCUGGUCAGGGCGACGGGAGCAAAUCGCGGCUUUGUCGGCUGCAUUCAGAGUCUGACUGUCAACAACAAGGCCACCGACAUCAGGCCCUGGCCUCUGGGCAGGGCUCUGAGUGGGGCUGACAUCGGUGAGUGCAGCGACAGUGUGUGCGACCUGGUCAGCUGCGCCAACGGCGGAGUCUGCUUCGCAAACCGCGCCGACGGCUACAUCUGCCUCUGCCCGCUCGGCUUCCGGGGAGCACUUUGCGAGGAGAGUUUCUCACUGUCCUCGCCUCUCUUUAAUGAGACAGUGUUUUCAUAUGCUGUCAUCCCGUGGCCUCAGUCCUCUCAGAGUUAUCUGUCCUUUAUGGAGUUUGAGCUGACGUUUCGGCCGUCCGUGGCCGGCGGGACGCUGCUGUACAGCGAUGACGCAGGCAGCGGAGACUUCUUGGCUAUCAACCUGGUGGACAGAUAUGUAGAGUUCAGAUUUGACUGUGGCUCCGGAGGAGCUACAAUAAGGAGUGAAGAGCAGAUCAGUCUGGACGCGUGGCAUGAGCUGAGGGUGUCCCGCACAGCGAAGAGUGGCAUCCUUCAGGUGGACAGCCAGAGGCCAAUGGAAGGAAUCGCUGAGGGAGCUUUCACUCAGAUCAACUGCAGUUCACCUCUUUAUAUUGGCGGAGUGCCAGAAUAUGAUAAAACGAAGAGGACAGCAGGAGUAAUAAAACCUUUCACUGGAAUUAUUCAGAAGCUGAUACUCAAUGAUCGCACCAUCCCAAUUACAACUGGCUCUGCCGGUGGAGUUAAUGUGGCAAAUUCAGCACAUCCAUGUGUGGAAAGCCCCUGUGCCAACGGAGGGACCUGCAGGCCAAAGUGGGAUAGUUACGAGUGUGACUGCCCCCUAGGGUAUGACGGGAGGCACUGCCAGAAAGAGUGCGGGAAUUACUGUUUGAACACUGUGACUGAAGCCAUUGAGAUGCCACAGUUCAUUGGCAGAAGUUACCUCACAUAUGACAACAGAGACAUCCUGAAAAGGGUGUCUGGGUCCAGGACCAACCUUUUCAUGCGUUUCAAGAGCACAGCCAAGGAUGGGCUGUUGCUUUGGCGGGGAGACAGUCCAAUGAGACCCAACAGUGACUUCCUGUCUAUGGGGCUUCAGGAUGGUGCACUAAUCUUCAGUUAUAACCUGGGCAGUGGUGCGGCUAACAUUGCUGUCAACGGAACUUUUAACGAUGGAAAGUGGCACCGAGUGAAAGCUGUGAGGGAUGGCCAGUCAGGGAAGCUGACAGUAGAUGACUAUGGAGCAAAAACAGGCAGGUCACCUGGAAAGAUGAGACAACUCAAUAUCAACGGGCCCUUAUAUGUUGGUGGCAUGAAAGAAAUAGCUCUUCACACAAACAGACAGUACAUUGGAGGCUUGGUGGGCUGCGUGUCCCACUUCACACUCUCCACUGAUUAUCACUUAGCGCUGGUGGAGGAUGCUGCUGACGGCAAGAACAUCAAUACCUGCUCCAACUAGAAAAUGGCUUCAAUACACAAAGGUCCAUUUUCAACAGGAGCGAACGCCUCGACCGGCUGACCUGCCAUCAUGAAACUGACUAACCGGCACCAAAUGAGUGAAAACUGAAAACAAUUAGAUUUUGGCUUACCAAUUCAGGGCUGACAUGUUAUAAACUCACUGAAAAACAGUUUGGACACAUGGCAACAGCAAAAAAAAAAAAAAAAAAAAAAA